AGUGAAUCCCGGGCUGCUGAAGUGGAACGUGUGCACUUAACUGCUAGCCACCAGGCCAGCCCCUCCCCUGACCCUUUUAAUAGCGGUUAUAAUAAUGCAUCUGUCACCUAUCUGAUAACGAUGUCUUUAGAUUUGCGUCUCCCUCUGUGGACUGUAAUAUGGUAGAGAGAAGAGACCAUGUCUUAUCUUGAAAUACCCAGCACCUAGCAGAGCGCUUCAUCAUUGAUACUUGAUCAAUUUAGUUUCUUCCUUCAACCACCCCUUUCUCUUCCCUAAGAUGGGUGGGUGUUUUCUACGGUAAGGUGGAAGGAAGGACAAGCCAUUUGGAUUUUAAUCUGUAGGCAAAAGAGAACUAUUAAAUUUUAACCUGCGGUCAAAAGAGGAAUAUUAAAGAGUUUGAACAGGAGACUCACAUAAUCGAAGGGGUAUUUGAAGGAGAGUGAAGACACAUUGAAGUGGUGUGGUACUGCUAAAUGCCACAUUAACACCUGGCGAAGCUGGGGAGACAGUGCGGAGACAGUGCUUGACACAUCAGCUCCACUGCUUUGGGAGUAUGUUUGGCAAUUAAAAAUCUGAGCUUCUCCAAACAGCAGAGCAUAACACAGUUUAUGACUGAUUCUUCUCUACCAGUCUGUAGUCGCCAUCCCUCAGGCAGCCUUUGGCCAGGAAACUCAACCUCCCACAACAUACACACAUCAAUAAAACCUUAAAAAUUGCCCACACGUCAUUUUAAAAAACAUUUAUAGUGUUGUUUAUAGCCAUUUAACACUUUGCAGUAUUCCAGUAUGGGUUUGUGUUCUAUAUAACAUCACCUUAAGUGGGCAGACUAUUAAAUGCACAGGAAGGAGGGAAUGCAUUAUAUGAUUCUGCCUUUCAGAGGAAUUUGUUGUAUCACAUGAGCAAAGCCGUGGGCUUUAGGUCAGAAGUUAGACUAAUUGCGUAAGGUUUAAUAAUACAAUAGUUAAUGUUAUUGAUAACUGGAUUUUACUUUCAUUCAUGCCACGUUUAUUGUGUGCCAGACCUGGUGUGAGGUGGAACAGACCACUCUGUGGCCUGGCCUGUGGCCUUUGGAAGGAUCUCACCAUCUCUGUGGAAAACAGGGCCCUUUCAUCAAGGAAGCCACAAUAAGUAAAGCCGAACGAAGAAAGGCUGCCUUGGUGAAAGGUGGCCUUUGCAGAGGGACAGAGCCUCGUGCUUUGCCUUCUGCCUGCUGGCCGCCUCCCCGCUGCUCUCUCGUUGCUGUGUCUGAGGCUCUCUGCCAUCUCCAGAGUUCUGAAGGACACGGUUUGCAAGCUGCACGUUGAAUCUUCCAAGGAGGCCGUGUAGGUGGAAAUCAUCUUGAGUAACUGCUAACAGGAGUUGGAUUUAAACUGACAACUUAAAAAUAAAAGGCUCGUAUCUGCCGAACUUCUCUCCAGCCUGUUGGCCAGCCCGUUGCAGGGCUUAGGAGAAAGUCAACACACGUCCCAACCUGAAUUGUUCAGUUACUUCCAGAAGAAAAGGAAGACCUAUGACACCCCUGAAGAGUUUGUACCUAUGACAUCCCUGGAGAGUUACUUGCUGCUUCCUUCCCUCAGGCCCCACAGGCAGUGAAGGGCUGUCUGUCCAGUUCCUGUUUGCACUGGACGCCGGUGGUUCACCUCUUAUGCACUCCAGCACCCCCAUCAGCUCCCUCUUCUCCUUCACCAGCCCGGCAGUGAAGAGACUGCUAGGCUGGAAGCAAGGAGAUGAAGAGGAAAAGUGGGCGGAGAAGGCGGUAGACUCCUUAGUGAAGAAAUUAAAGAAGAAGAAAGGAGCCAUGGACGAGCUGGAAAGGGCCCUCAGCUGUCCGGGGCAGCCCAGCAAAUGUGUUACGAUUCCCCGGUCCCUGGAUGGCCGGCUGCAGGUGUCCCACCGCAAGGGGUUGCCCCAUGUUAUUUAUUGUCGAGUGUGGCGCUGGCCCGACCUCCAGUCUCACCACGAGCUGAAGCCGCUGGAGUGCUGUGAGUUCCCGUUUGGCUCCAAGCAGAAAGAGGUGUGCAUUAAUCCCUAUCACUACCGCCGGGUGGAGACUCCAGUGCUGCCUCCUGUACUUGUGCCAAGACACAGCGAAUAUAACCCCCAGCUCAGCCUGCUGGCCAAGUUCCGCAGUGCCUCCCUCCACAGUGAGCCGCUCAUGCCACACAACGCCACCUAUCCGGACUCUUUCCAGCAGCCUCCGUGCUCUGCAUUCCCUCCCUCACCUGGGCACGUGUUCUCUCAGUCCCCGUGCACAGCCAGCUACCCUCACUCCCCGGGAAGCCCUUCCGAGCCGGAGAGUCCCUAUCAACACUCAGUUGACACCCCACCCCCGCCUUAUCAUGCCGCAGAAGCCCCAGGGACCCAGAAUGGCCAACCUGUAGAUGCCACAGUUGAUAGUCAUUUAGUGCUGUCAAUGCCUAAUGGAGACUUUCGGCCAGUUUGCUACGAGGAGCCACAGCACUGGUGCUCGGUCGCCUACUAUGAACUAAACAACCGAGUUGGGGAGACAUUCCAGGCUUCCUCCCGAAGCGUGCUUAUAGAUGGAUUCACAGACCCUUCAAAUAACAGGAACAGAUUCUGUCUUGGACUUCUUUCUAAUGUCAACAGAAACUCAACAAUAGAAAAUACCAGGAGACACAUAGGAAAGGGCGUGCAUUUGUACUAUGUCGGGGGAGAGGUCUACGCCGAGUGCGUGAGUGACAGCAGCAUCUUUGUACAGAGCCGGAACUGCAACUAUCAGCACGGCUUCCACCCAGCCACUGUCUGCAAGAUCCCCAGUGGCUGCAGCCUCAAGAUCUUCAACAACCAGCUCUUUGCCCAGUUGCUGGCUCAGUCAGUCCACCAUGGCUUUGAAGUCGUCUAUGAGCUCACCAAGAUGUGCACUAUCCGGAUGAGUUUUGUUAAGGGUUGGGGAGCCGAGUAUCAUCGCCAGGAUGUCACGAGCACCCCCUGCUGGAUUGAGAUUCAUCUUCACGGACCGCUGCAGUGGUUGGACAAAGUUCUGACUCAAAUGGGCUCUCCACAUAACCCGAUUUCUUCAGUGUCGUAACAGUCAGGUCUCAGUCUACAUUUCUAUAGAAUAGAUGCUAUUGCAGGCAGUGGCUUAUAUCAUUUCAGAUUUGCAACUAAUUGAAGUUUUAAGUACACAUGUAAAUACAUAUAAUAUAUACUAUUCAUAUUUUUUGUCACCAUUUGUUUUGUGCUUUCUGGUUAACCUGAUGCCAGUGCAAUGUGAUUAGAAAAGCAGGUUUUUUUGUCCCUAGGCUAUAAAAAGCAGCUUCUUUUGUGGGAGGAAACAAACAAAAGGCAACUGUAUCAAUAGUAUUUGAAGGGCGUUGGCAGAAUAAAAGGCAGCUUUAGUCAGCCAUGUCAUUGUAUGGCAUGUUGUGUGGCCACCAGAAAAAUAUUAAAACUGUUUAUACGGCAAAAGUCAGGUACUAGCAGCACUAGAGCAAGUAACACUUUGAGACAAAACAAAGCAAUCAAACCCAUGUGAUUUAAGUGAUCUCACUUUUAGUGCUAUUGGCAAGAAAAAAACCCAAGCUUAUACAAUCAAUUAUGUAAGAUCGGACACAUAAACUUUAUUUUAUUUCUGAAGUUGAAAUACCUAUAGCUGGACUAUUGUGCUGAUAUUAAGGGUACAUUUUAAACAAAUUUUAACUGUGAUUAGAAAAGAAAAAACUGUGAAGCUGAGAGUCCUGUUGCCUCAUAAUCUACUACUGUAAAGAAAAAAAAUGAAUCUAAUAUGGCAAGAAAAACAUGAAAAUAGCAUGAACUGAGCUAUAUCCCUAAAUUGCAAGGUAAGACCAGAACAUAGUCCAAGAAUCAACCAGGGAGACUCCUGUUUUCCACAUAGGAAAUCAGGUUCCUGUUUCCUGGUUAUUUGUGUCGGGCAGUCCGUCAGACGUCCACGUCUGCAUGGUGAGCUGUGAGGCCAUGUGUGGUCCUGUGUGGAGAAGCAGCAGGUAGAAUAAGAGAGUUGGACAAAAGCAUCCUCUGUGUUUACUUAUGCCUUCCCACAUUCCCACAGUAAAAGCCUCUAGGUGAGGGCCCUCCUUUUGUCAUAUUUCCUUGCCUGUUAGAAAAUUUUAACUAUUUACAGAUUACUAAAACAAUGGUGAAGACUUUGAGAAAAUCCCAUUACUGGGGUCAAAUUUAUAAGUUAUUUGACUCAGUGUCUCUGUUGAUUAAAUUAUCUACUGGUCAAAUCUAGUAGUCUCUUAUAAAGCUAAAGUCUCAUACUUGGAAAUAACUUCCCAGGUAAAAUGAUAAUAGUUUCAUAAUUCCUGUAAUUUCUGGGGAACAGUGGUACUGAAUGACAGGACACUUAAAAAAAUACACAAUAUUAAAAACCUAUUCUUAUUUACCCUUGGGUGAUAAAGAGAGGAAAAUUCCCCAAAUUUCUAGGUACUUUCAUAUAUAUAAUUUCCACCCACUAAACACUGCAUUGCUUGGAAAAAUAUUUCACACCCUCUUAAAAAUGUAUAAUUUAAGAAGGUAAUUAUGCUUGUAACAGACGGUACUUCAGUAAUCCAAGAGGUUUCUUCAUUUAUACAUUCUGUCUCAACUCUUUCUAGCAUUAGUGCACACGGUAGUUGUUUCUCAUUAAAUUGUAUUCAAGGUAGAAAUGAUCAUGUGACAAAGAUAUAUGAGUGAGCUACUACUGUCACUGCUUGUAAUGACUAGUAUUAUCUAAUAGGAACUUUCAUAUAUACAAUAGAAAAUAAAUAUUACAUUUUACAUUAAAACUAGGUGGCCCAUUUAGUGUUAAGAAAACCCCGUAGUUUCUUGGUUCAUCAACUAUGUAUUGUGCACCUGUAUGUGCAGGUACCAUGUUAAGUACUGUGGAAUCAAGUAUAAACAAGAGACAGUCCCUCUGGGGCUGAGAGUCUAAUAGUAAAUCUGUUUGUAUGGACAUCUUCAUGUUUCAGAACUUGUAAAACAAAACACAACACACAGUUUUUGUUUUGCUUGAAAGAAAAUGUGAUUGAUAUCUUAAUUAUCUCUAUUUCAAAACUCAUUUCCCUUCUCUUCUGAGCAAUCAGGUAAUGGAUGAAGAUGUCUUUGGAUAAAUGCCACUUUUCUUCUAUGUCUCAAAGUUGGUUUUUUUUCUCCCCUUGCUUCCCUGUUUUCCAAUAAUUCUCCAUCUCCCUUUUUCUUGGGAAAGGCAUUAAUAUGGUGAGUCUUCCUCAUAUGAGUAUCAUUCCAUGAGAGAGUAGCAAGUACACAUGGUUUCUGCUCCAGAGACCAAACCUGGCUUUCUUUUCUUUUCGUUUUUUUUUUUUUUUGCUGGGAAAGAUUCACCCUGAGCUA